AUGAGCUCCUCUGCCGCCGCCGACUCGGAGGGCCGCAAGCUCUUCCUUGGCGGCCUGCCCUUCGACGUCAACGAGGACGACCUGCGCACCGACAUGUCCAAGUUUGGGGAGCUCGAGGACGUCCAGCUGCCCUUCGACGGCGGUAAGCACAAGGGCUUCGCCUUCAUCACGUUUCGUGACCCGAAGGACUGCAAGGACGCCUCGGAGUCGCAUCACCAGCGCCCCUACCGUGGCCGCGAGAUCAGCGCCCGCGUGGUUGUCCCUCGCGGCGACCCGGCGCACCCUGACGGCGCACGAGGCGGCGGCGCGGGCGGCGAGAGGCCGGGCGACUGGACCUGCCCGGCCUGCGGCGCGAACGUCUUCGCCUCAAAGAUGAACUGCUUCAAGUGCAACGAGCCAAAGCCCCGCGGCGGCGGAGGCGGAGGCGGAGGGCGCCGCGAUGACUACGACGACCGCCGCCGCGACUACGACGAUCGCGACCGCGGGGGGUACGACGACCGCCGCUAG